UUGCACACGGGGUCGUCUUAUUGUUGGAAAAAUACGGUAAUAAUUUGUAUAGCAGUUAUCCAGUUGGACCAUUCUAAAAUGUAAAGGAAUUGUCAACAAAUGAUGACAUGUAUUAGAGAAUGAUUUCUAUCAUAUCAAGAUAGGAAUAAAUGUAGAUAUAGUAACAGAUUGUCCUAACACUUUUCCAAUUACCUUACAGAAUUUAUUAAAGAAUAACAAGUAAUUGAAAUGUUAAUAUUAAUCUCAUUAAUAUUACAGUAUUGUUUAUUACAGAUCUAAGGAUGCUGUGGAGACAUUGCAACAAUACAACAGCCGAUGGAGAUCCAUUCGAAUAAUGUACCUUACAAUGUUCUUCAGCAGUGUUGGUUUCUCUAUUGUCAUUAUGUCAAUAUGGCCCUAUCUUCAACAGAUAGAUAAAACUGCAGAUCCAGGUUUUCUGGGCUGGAUUAUUGCUUCAUACAGCAUUGGUCAAAUGAUAGCUUCUCCAUUCUUUGGAACAUGGUCUAAUUGCAGGCCAAGAAGAGAACCUCUUGUGGUUUCAACUGCUAUUUCAGUAGCUGCCAACUUCCUCUAUGCCUAUGUCCAUUUGCCCCCUUCACACAACAAAUACUACAUGCUAGCUGCUCGAGCACUGGUGGGGUUUGGUGCAGGAAAUGUAGCAGUAGUUCGCUCAUAUAUUGCCGGUUCUACCUCUCUUACUGAAAGAACUAAUGCUAUGGCAAACACUAGUGCUUGCCAAGCAGUGGGAUUCAUACUGGGACCAGUUUUUCAGACUCUCUUUUCACUUAUUGGGGAAAAAGGAAUCUCAUGGAAAAUUAUUUAUCUCCAGCUGAACAUGUACACAGCACCAGUUUUAUUUGGAAGUCUUCUAGGAAUUAUUAAUAUUGUUCUGAUAUUUGCUGUAUUUAGAGAGCAUCAUGUGGAUGACAUGGGACGACCACAAAGUAUUAAUACUGAAGUUGAAGAAAAUAACGAAGUGGUUCAGGAUAAUCAAGGAUACAUUGACCAUGUUGCUGUUCUAUCAACAAACUUUCUUUUCUUUGUUAUCUUAUUUAUUUUUGCAGUUUUUGAAACCAUAGCUACACCAUUAACAAUGGAUAUGUAUUCAUGGACCAGAAAAAAAGCAGUGUUUAUCAAUGGCUUAAUCCUUGGUGCUGUUGGCAUUGAAUCAGUGAUUGUAUUUUUAGCAGUUAAAGAACUUUCUAAAAGGACUGGUGAACGUGCAAUCCUCUGUGGAGGUUUAGUGAUUAUCUUGGUUGGAUUCUUUGUUUUGUUACCUUGGGGAAAUCAGUUACCUAAUAUCCAGUGGGCAGACAUAAAGAAUAAUUCUAUUCCAAGAAAGACCUUUGGUGAAAGUUUUGCGCUUUUGUGGACAAGACAAAUUGAAUUUUCAUCCAAUAAUACGGCUGAAGCAACAGGAUGUCCUAGUAUACAAUCUUGGUGUCGUUAUACUCCAGUAAUCCAUCUGGGCCAGUAUAUCACUUCCAACAUUCUAAUAGGACUGGGUUAUCCAGCCUGUAAUGUGAUGUCAUAUACUCUAUAUUCAAAAAUUUUAGGGCCAAAACCUCAGGGUAUUUAUAUGGGAUGGCUAACUGCUUGUGGAAGUGGUGCACGUAUCCUGGGCCCAGUAUUUGUCAGCCAACUCUACAGUUAUUUAGGACCCCGCUGGGCAUUUGGUUUUAUCUGUGGAAUCGUCGCUCUUUCUCUCUUACUGCUUGAAGUGGUGUACAAGAGACUUAUUCCAUUUUCAGUCAGAUAUGAGAGGCUACAAGAGCAGAGCUCUUAGCUAUCUCUGAUCAGUCUUGUUUUACUUCAGUCAUUACUUGCUCUUUUCAAUAUUCUGCAUCUUUGACAGGUGGCCUAUAGAAUUAUCAUACACUGGUGCUGAUAGUAUUUCUAUUACCAGAUUUACAUCAGUACAAUACUGGAAAUGAGUUUGUAAUUCAGUAGAUGCUAUUGUUUUGAUGCAUAGUUUUAAGAGAUGACACUAGUUCUAAUUAUAUUUACUGGAUGUACUUAAAGUACCUUGAUUCUGUGAAUCAUGUCUUAACUGAAACUGUUUUUCAAACUGAACUUUAAAAGGCUAUUUAUUUUAAUAGAGUUUUAUGAAGAUGGUUAAUGUUUAUGCAUUUUAUAAUUGGCUGGCUUUUCUAAAACCCUAACUGCUGAGUAUUUUUUAAGUAAAAUAUAGCAGAAACUACCUGAUAAAUUAUUUUGUUGCACAUAUUUUAUUUUGGGGUUAUCCAUUCAUUCACUGUAUAUUUUAAAAAAGGGUUCAAGUAAGAUUAAAAGUUUGAAAAAAAGAAUUUUGAUGCAGCACUUGUAACAGAGAUAAGGAUUGGAACUAACAGAUAGUAGAAUCCUCAGAUUUAAUAAUUGGAGCCUACUGAGAUAGAUACUUGAGAUUUCCAGCAUUACACCAAGGAUCUUAGUCAUUGCUUUCCUGAACAGGCUAAAGCUUUAAUUUAUUGUGAGAUGUCUUCAUUACAUUAAACUGAAAAAAACUUACAUGGUAAUUGCCCAGUCUUCAAUAGUUAUCUUUUUUUCCUAUUUGUGAAAUAGUCAAACCAAAUUGAUUUAGAUUUGGCUUUCUUUUAUUUGGUACAUACAAGGCAGUAGUUUUCAACCUUUUUUAUCUCACAGCACACGGACAAGGUGCUAACUUGCACGGUUGUACAUCUCAUAGGCAGGACUUCCAGGUCGCAAAACCAGAAGUUCCAUGAUGUCAGAGGCUGCUGAGACUCAAGAGAAGAAAUGGACGCAGUCCACCCCUGGUGAUUUCACAAAGGUGGGGUUCUGGUUGCACAGCACUUCCUGUCAUUUACUUGUGUGUCACUGAUGCGGCACACCUCCAGACCUUUCUUAACACACAAAUGUAUCUUGGCACACUUUGUAUCAGGAUUUUGGAUAGGGGUAUAAAAAUGGUGAAUUCAUGAAUUGUGUUUGAGAAAGUUGGUAUCAGUUGAUUGGUCUCUGAAAUGAAAUUCGAGUUGGCUGUGAAACAAAAUGAAAAUGAAAUAGAGCUGUUUCAUUCCAACUACAUACUAAAACAUGGAUGUCUGGGCUGAAGUGUUUGGUGGGAGGGUAAUAAGAAUGGGGAAAAGUCAAAGAUAGCAAUGGUAGAUCAGGAAAGUAGGAAAGGGAAGGACAACAUUGGGAAGAUAGCACAUCAGGAAGAUAGAUGGGACAUGCCAUGUUGGCACAUUGGUAUCUGUAGUGCAACAGGGAAGGGAAGGCACUGGAAGGUUAUGAGGCAAGCCAUUAUUCUUUUGAGAUGUAACACUGGGAACUGCUAAAGGGCAACAUGCACCAGUCUUGGCUUAUUCAGUGUAUAAAAAUCACUCUAGGCCCCUGCUGGCUUUGUUUCAUCCAAAACAUGGUACAAUAAAAAUGUUCAAAGAUUAGUUCCUGCUGACCCAUCCAAAAUGGUUUGGCAGAAUGUGUGUAUUUGAAGUUUGAAAAACCAUUUUCCAUUUUGUGCACACCUCUAUUUUUUGGUUUUUGUUCAUCUCCAAGUCAAGGCAUAAUCAAAUAACAUGCAUGCACAUGAAACAGUCUUUAUAUUUUACAUACAGUAUUAGCAUUAGCAUGUUUUUCACUGAAAUGUAAUGAAAACUCUCUACCAAGUGAACAAUGUAAAAACCAGGAUUGUACAAUAUUUCAAGUUUAAUCUUCAAAAGAUGUUCGCAACAUUUUAGAGCAGCUGUCAUCCCAGAAAAAGAUGAGGUUGCUUCAAAGUAUAGCAGAUAGUUGCUAUGCUAGUGCUUUCCUCCACUCUGAAGCACCUUGGAGAUUCAAACUAUAAAGCACUAUAUAUCUCUCUCCCUCAGCCGUAAGAAGCAGGCAACGGCAAACCACUUCCAAAAUCUUGCCAAGAAAACUGCAGGGAUUAGUCC